AUGAAAUAAGAUUGCAUAUUUAAAAAUAUUUCUGUUCAAAUAACACUUAACUUUAAGGAAUUGAAGCCUAAAGAAGUUAAGCUUUCUUUGGCCUAUAAAGAAUCAAAUGAGCAGAUAUUUAAAAUUUUGAAAAAUGUCCUUAAAAUGAAUAAGGAAAAUGAAAAUUGGAAAACAACAUUUAAUACUCACUUUGAUUUUCACAAAUUUCAAACUUAUAGAAUAGAUAUCAGUUUUGAUGAUAAAGCAUCUAUUGGAUCACUAGAUGUAACAUUAUUUCAAUAUAUUUAGUUUUAAUUAGGUGAAUUAUUAUAGAAAGAAAACUUAGUCAAAGAAAAUACUUAUUAUUCCAUUUAAUUAUAAUCAUAGUUGAUUUUGUAAGGAAACUUAGUAUUCCAACAUUGGUCAGGUAUCAAACUUUUAAACACAGAUGGAUUAUUCAGUAAAUCAGAUCCAUUCUUGUAAUUUUAUUAAUGGGAUGGGGAAUAAUGGAAUCAAAUUCAUCAGACAGAAUAUAUAGAAAAUAACUUAAAUCCAACAUGGAUUCCAUUCUAAUUAGAUAUGGGUUUGAUGAAUUUUUAGGAUUAAUCCAAGAAUUUUAAAAUAGAAUGUUGGGAUCAUUCUAAAAAGAAUCCUCCAAAACAUAAAUAUAUAGGAAGUUUAGAAAUUUCAAUUUUUGAUAUAUUAUCAUCUUAGUCAAAGAUAUUUGAAUUAUAAAACCCAAAUCAUGUAUUCAAUAUUGAUAAAAUAAUAGACAUCUUGCGGUUAAUUGAAAUUACUUUCAUUUUAAAUAAAUCCAAAUAGAAAUUUUUUGAAUUAACUUAAAAAAACACAAAUAUAAACUAAUAUUUUUUUUGAAUUCACAAAGAACUCAAUGAAGUUUCACUAAAUAUCUCACUAAUAAUUAAAUAUAUUUUAAUAGUUCAUGAUCAUGAUUGGAUAAUAGCUAUUUUAAUAUAAUUAAUCAAAUUCAGGAAAGCUUUUUGGUUUUGGUGGAAAUUAUCAGUAAACCAAUAAAGAUUAGUAAUAGUAUUUAUAUAAUUAAGUUUUGAAAUUUCCAAAAAUUCAAAUGGAAUCCAAGGAAUUUGUUCUGAUUAUACUAAAUGUUUAAAGGAUAUUACUUUUGGUAAUAAGGUUUAAGUUACUCCUGCUUUAUUUGAAAUAGUUAAAUAAUCUGAAUUAUUCAAACCUAAUUUUACUAUUGGAUUCUUAUUAAUCUUAGAGGAGAUUGGUGAUGAGGAUAAGUUUAAGUUAUUUUUAAAUCAUUGUAAAUAUUUAUAAUUAAUUUAGAACUCAUUUUACCAAUAAUUAUGAUAUUUAUUACUCUAAAAGAGAAUGUUAAUUAAAUAUCUUCAAUUAUUAAUAGCUAAAACAAUAUGAAUAAAGUUAGACUUUGUUCUAUAAAAGAGAAUGAUAAUAAAAGUAUUUAAAUAUUAAGAGAGGAAAUAUUUACAAUAAUCGAAUAAGAAAUUAGAGAGUUUUACAAUAUAAAUCUUUGA